AUGCGCUACUACGGUUUUGAUGACCUCGUGCUGACGCGUCUCCUGCUCUAUCGCAACCGCAAGACGCUGCUUCAGGCACUUGACCGCACUGGCCGCGCGCUGGCGGACCCGGCCGAGGGCUACGAGCUGUUCCCCAUCGACUUCUCGAUGCACGUGCAGAUCCGCCAGAACGUGGUGCAGCGCUUCCUGCAGACGCACCCGGAGGCCAAGGGCAGCGCGGCCGCCAUCCUGCUGCACGGCGGCGUGGAACUGGACCGCUACGACACGGACAUCCAGUACAACUUCCACCAGGAGAGCUUCUUCCAGUACCUCUUCGGCGUGCGCGAGCCCGGGUGCGCCGGCCUGCUGGACCUGGCCACGCGCCGGGCCGUGCUGUUCGUGCCGCGCCUGAGCGACGAGUGGGAGCUCUGGUGCGGCGACCGCAAGCCGCUGGCCUACUUCAAGGCGCACUACAAGGUGGACGAGGUCUACUACGUGGACGAGCUGGCGGCCGUGCUGGCCGACAAGCUCAAGGCCAAGAAGCUCUUCGUUCUGCACGGCAAGAACUCGGACAGUGGCCUGGAGACCACCACCACGUCUACGUUCGAGGGCAUCGACAAGUUCGAGGUGGACCGGCAGGCGCUGCACCCGGUGCUGGUCGAGAGCCGCGUCAUCAAGACGGAGAAGGAGCUCGAGCUGCUGCGCUUCGUCAACAAGCUGUCGUCGCGCGCGCACGUGAACGUGAUGAAGAGCAUCCGGCCGGGCAAGAUGGAGUUCCACGCCGAGAGCGACUUCCUGCACUACGUGUACAGCAACGGCGGCGCGCGCUUCCACGCGUACACGUGCAUCUGUGGCAGCGGCCACAACGCCUCGGCCCAGCACUACGGCCAUGCCGGAGCUCCCAAUGACAAGCUGUUGGAGGACGGCGAUCCGUUCCUGAACGAUAUGGGUGGUGAGCUCCAUGGCUACGCUUCAGACAUCACGUGCACAGUUCCAGUUAAUGGAAAGGUUACAGAUGACCAGAGGAUGCUGUAUGAGGUGGUGCUUAAGGCUCACGACACUGUGAUGGCAGCGAUCAGACCGGGGGUGAGCUGGGUAGACAUGCAUAUCCUCGCUAACCGUGUGAUGACCGAGCACAUCAAGCACGGGCUGCUGCAGAAUGGCACAGUGGACAAGAUGAUGGAGCACGAGGUGUCAUCAUACUUCACGCCUUGUGGCCUCGGACAUCUCAUGGGCCUCGACGUUCACGAUGUCGGCGGAUUCCCUGUGGGCCGCGUACGAUCGACGAAGAGGAGUUUGCAGAAGUUGCGCUUAGUACGCAAACUGGAGAAGAAUAUGGUGGUGACAGUCGAACCUGGCUGGUACUUCAUUGAGGCCCAGCUGCGUGUGGCGCUGGCAGACCCCACUAUUUCGGCCUUCAUCAAUGCAGAGCUGCUGGCUCGGUUCCUGGCGUACGAAUUGAAUCGGACGUCAUCGUGA